UGUUCUAUACCCUAGAAGCAUUGCGCUCAUUGUAAGAUGCCGAGGGAUCCGUUGAUUGGGCUGGUUGGAAAGCCAUCCAGCGGAAAAUCGACAACAUUAAAUAGUUUGACAGAUGCCUCUUCCAAAGUCGGAAAUUUCCCUUUCACUACCAUCGAUCCCCAGCGUGCCAUUGGAUACCUCCAGAUAGAAUGCGCCUGUCAGCGAUUCAACGUUUCUGAUAAAUGCAAACCGAACUAUGGAGGAUGCGUGGAGGGACGGCGUUCUGUUCCGAUUGAGCUUCUGGAUGUUGCAGGUCUUGUACCGGGUGCACAUCAAGGACGUGGUUUGGGCAACAAGUUCUUGGAUGAUCUCCGUCAUGCCGAUGCGUUGAUCCACGUUGUGGACGUCAGUGGGACUACUGAUGCGGAAGGAAAAUCUACGCGAGGAUAUGACCCUUCACAAGAUAUCGAAUGGCUGAGGUCGGAGAUUGUGCGCUGGGUGCUGGGAAACCUUCUGCAGAAAUGGGGUUCCAUCAAGAGGAGACAUGUCGCAGUCAAAUCCACGGCCGUGGAAACCUUGCAAGCCCAGUUUUCGGGUUACGGAGGUACCAAUGCGAUUGUUGCUCGCUGCCUCGAUCGGAUGGCGCUGAAGGAACCUCUUGAGGAAUGGUCCGACGAAACCGUGGAGAAAGUUGUUGAAGGCUUCAUUGCAGAGAAAUUCCCGACAGUCUUCGCCUUGAACAAGAUCGAUCAUCCGGAUGCGGACAAGAAUAUUAGCAAGAUCGCCAAGAUGCAAGACCCCCAAUCCAUCGUACUCUGUUCUGCGAUUUCCGAGGUGUUCCUCCGGAGGCUAGCCAAACAGGGCUACAUUAAAUACGUUGAAGGAAGUGAGUUCUUGGAUACGAGAGAGGAUUUGAUAGAAAUGGGCGAGCCUGAUGGAGGCGGCCUCAAAGAGAUGGAUGAGAAGUUGAAAUCGCGCGUUGAAAACCUGAAAGACAUGGUCCUGUAUCGUUUCGGAUCCACGGGAGUUGUCCAAUGUCUCUCACGUGCUGCAGAACUGCUGGGACUUGUGCCGGUAUUCCCAGUCCGCAACAUCCAUACCUUCUCAUCCGGAGCCGGAACAGCUGCUUUCCGUGACUGUGUCCUUGUUGGCAAGAAUACCACUGUGGGCGAUGUUGCUCGCAAGGUGAUGGGCGACGUACCCAUCUCCUACAUCGAAGGAGUCGGUGGCAUCCGUGUCUCAGAAGACGAAAUAGUGGAAGUAGGAAAGCAUGAUGUGCUCUCGUUUAAACCUGGCCGAUAGAUCCUGCUAUUCAAUUUAUGUACAGUCAACGUGAUAAUGAAACAAUACUUGAGAU